UUGUUGUGUUUUGGUUUGCAGAAGUGGUUCCCGCUUAUAAAAUAUUUCAAGCAAUAGAAAGUAAAUUACCAAUUGAUUCCCAACGUUCUAAUAUCAGUAGGCAACGGCAUUGUUUAUAUUUACAUACUCGACCCACAUCCCAAUCUUUCGCUUCUUCAAUAAGAAGUUACCGAGCAACAUUCUGUCCUACAUACAAUGGAUCCCGCCAAUUUAUGCCGAAUUUGCAACUCCUCCACAUCCAAAUACACGUGCCCAAAGUGUAAUAUUCUCUACUGUUCAGUGAAUUGCUACCGAGCUCCCAGCCAUCAACAAUGUUCGGAAACAUUUUACCGAGAUUGUGUGACCGAGGAGCUGGCUUCGAGGGGGUUAAAUCGAAGCGAUCCUCAGGCCAUUGAAGAAGUUCAACGCAUGCAUGAGAUUCUGAAGAAAAUGAAUGAAGCGUUAAUACCUGAUGGUGGAAAUGACGAUGGGCUAGAAGAUGGUGAGGAACCUCAAGAGGAUGGAGUUGAAGAAGGAAUUGAUUCCGAUGAUGAAGACGAUGAAGGACCAGACUUAGCUGCAAGGCUUGAAGGAAUUGAUUUAGAUAAUCCAGACGCAAUUUGGACCUGCCUAACUAGCGAUGGAAGACAAGAGUUUGAAAUGCUUUUGAAGACAGGAGAUAUUCAAAAUGUGAUACCAAGUUUUCAACCUUGGUGGGAAAUUCGAAUCCCAAAAACUCUGAUAGUUGACAUGGAUGAAACUCGCCCGGAGGAAAAUCAAUUAAAACAUCCAGCGGUGUUAGAGAACAUCCCAUCGUUCGACACCUUAUCGAAAAAACCACCAUCACCUUGUCUUCCACACAAUCUUUAUAACAUUCUAUCCUCGUAUACAUGCACUGUACGGUUCUUCAACGGCGAGCAUCACUUAACCCCCGUCGAGGCCACAAAGUAUCUCAUACAGAAUUCGGCAACUCUUAAAAACAAUGCGAAUUUCGAUGAUAACGAACAAGCAGUAAAAUCUGUGAUAGCAGAGUGUGAUGGUGGUGAUGGAUUGCCACCUUGGGAGGAGAUUGCUUGUGAUGUUGAGAAGAUAAUGGACGGACCUUAUGAGGCGAGACGUGAUCCAGUUUAUGUAAAGGCAGCGCUAUCAGAUAUUCAUAGGCUGAUGGAACAAGCGAAGCAUUCUGUAUCUAAAUCCAAAAACGUGAGCGCUGAACUGGGUGAAAAUUUAGAUAAGAAAAAGUUGGUGGCUAUUAUUAGGAAAAUUGAUUUUUUUCUAUCGUUUGUUAACGCAGUUUAGAAUUAUUUACAACGAAAAAGGACUCUUGUUUAAGUGAAAGAUUUGUGCGAUCACAAAUAUUGAAAAUAUAUUGUUUUUUAAAAAGA